AUGUGGACGCAGGGGGGGGCUCACCCCCAGCAGUACCUGCAGCAGCAGCAGCAGCAGCAGCAGCAGCAGCAGCACCACAUGCAGCAGUACAUGCAGCAGCACAUGGGGGGGUAUCCUGCUGCUGGGUAUGACCCCACGCAGCAGCAGCAGAUGCACCAGAUGAUGCUGCAGCAGCAGCACUACAUGCAGCAGCAGCAGCACAUGCAGCAGCAGCAGCAUAUGCAGCAGCAUCCGCACAUGCAGCAGCAGCAGCAUAUGCAGCAGCAGCAGCACAUGCAGCAGCAGCAGCAAUACAUGCAGCAGCAGCAGCAGCAGCAACAUACACCAGCAGCUUACCCCUAUCAGCAGCAGCAAAUGUAUGCUCAGGGCUACGGCUUCUCUCCCCCUACAAAUUCUUCUUAUGCUUCAUCUGCUGCUGCUUCUGCUGCAGCAGCAGCAGCAGCAACUCCAGGCACUGCAGCAACAGCAUCAGCAGCAGCAGCAGCAGCAGCAGCAGCAGCAAGUCCCUAUGGACAAACACCACAGAUGUCUCCGUAUGGCUCAGCCUUCAGCAGCAGACAAACCGCGCAACCACCAGCAGACCCUGAACUCGUUAAACGCAUACGCACCAUGGCAGGCAAGGAGUAUUGCGGCCGCAACCCCGAGAUGGAGAGGCUGGUGAGACAGAGAGAUGGGGGGGACCCCCGCUUCUCUUUUUUGAUGGGGGGCGAGGGUUACGACUACUACAGGUAUCUCGUGAGUUGCUACGAGAAGGGUUUAACCCCUGAUCAGGAGGGUUUGCGUCCGCCCCCUCCUCCUCCUCCCCCCCAGCAGCAGCAGCAGCAGCAGCAGCAGCAGCAGCAGCAGCAGCAGGAGGCAGCAGCAGCAGCGUGGGGUUACGAUAUAGAGUCUCUGCUGCUGCUGUAUAAACAGAAGCAGCACAAAAAGAAGCAACAGCAGAACAUAUUCGUGCUGCUAGGCGGUGGUUUGAGGUUUGCUGCUGCUGCAGCAGCAGCAGCAGCAGCAACAGCAGCAACAGCAGCAGCAGCAGCAGCAGCAGCAACGGAGAUGUAG